GAAAAUGAGCCUUCUGUUGAUAAAAUGUUACAAAGAUUAUAUGAAAGGUUUGGAAUGAUUGCUUGGCUCAAAAAAAUUGUGGCACUUUUUGAAUUUGUUUAUAUAAAAAUUGGAAAAAUGCCUGAUCCUGUUUCAAUUUUAAAUUAUUGUUUGGAAGCCGUUCUAUGUGAAAAUGAACAAAGCAAAUUGCUAAACAAAUUAAGUAUUCGUCAACUUGUAUUAUUAAAUUGUAUUGCCAAAUUGGAUGGAAAAAAUAAUCAAAUUUUUGAAUUUAAUUAUAGAGAAAUUAUUAAUGAAUAUUAUCGUUUUGCUAAUGAAAAUAAAAAUUCAAUGAGAGUAUCUAAUGUUGUUCUUUACAAAGACUUGCAAGAAUUGGUUGAUUUGGAUUUUUUGGUGGUUGCUAAAAAGGUGGAUAAUGGACAACUUCCUUUUAGAAGAGUAAUGCUAAAUAUUGAACAAGAAGCAAUUUCUGAUUGUGCAAAAUUACGAAAAAAAUUAAUUCCUGAGCCUGUAGUUGAUUGGUUUAAUUCUGAUUUUUAA